CUUACGUAUAAAAUAGUUGAUCUUCCAACAGCCUAUGUAUGCAUGUGUGUACGUAUUUAUGUAUGUAUUUUUACUCACUUUUAGAAAGGCAGUCAACAGGCUUAUAACUUGGGUAAAAAUUUGCGCAUGCGUUACUAUCGCUUAUUGCCGCCCAACGGUGUCUACACGCAGCAGCAGGUGCACGCACUAAGCUCAGCAGCCGAACGUUGUGUUAUGAGCGCGCAAAGCGUUUUGGCAGGAUUUAUGCCCCCUCUGGACCACAACAAUGUUUUACCAAUUGCAUGGCAACCAGCAGCUGUGAACAUAAUUCCACGCAGUGAAGAUACGCUCUUGGCACAGAAGAAGCCAUGCCUGAAAUAUGACACAAUUCUGCAAAAGUUAUAUAAAAAUCCAUCACCCGACGUACGGCAGCUUAACGAAGAAAAUGCAGACUUAUUUAAAUUGCUUACGAAACACUCGGGCAAGGUGGGUAUUAUAAGCUCAAUAUACAUACAUAUCUACAUACGUACAUAUAUACAUAUUUACAUACUAAAUAUGUAUGAGCUGUGUAGAUACAACCCAGUAGAAAUAAGUUGCUUGCAUACAUGGAAGAGUGUUAACGAUUCUAGCGACCUGCAAGCGAACGUACGUUGUUGUUCUUUUAAGUAUAAUACGAAAAUAGAAGGUAGUUUCACUCAAUGAUUUUAGUCGCAAUGUUAUCGAUUUGACUUUUGC